UCAGACAGGGUCCCGUUAGCUCAUUGUUAUUCUGCCCGAGAGAUUGAGUGAGUGAGGGAGUGAGGGGGAUAGCGAGGGAACGAGCUAAAUAGAGAGCACAUUGUCAGGGCAUGUUGGGAGAAUGGGAUGGCUGAGGGUUGUAACGGCAGUAAAGUUGCGGGUGCAUUUCUAGGGCUUGUUGCUGAUUCUCUGGCCGGGGUGCGAGCGUGAAGGCAUGUUGAUAAUCGGCUCAAUAAUGAGAAGAGGUACUGAACGGCACCACAUAACUGACCCCGAUUCCUGGGACUAAAGGAGAGGCAGCGAGAGUGUAAAGAGAGGGAGAAUGAGGGCAGGCAAAGGGGUGGAGGGCUCUGAGAUUUAGUGCACUGGUGGAUGAAACAACCCCCCACUAACGAAGGGCGAAAGUAACAGAAAGAAAGGAGGGGGGAGCUGCUCUGCGUUCCGUUUAACAGUCGCACAGCAACUUUGUUUCCAACAAUGACAUCUGAAAAGUGGGUUGCUGUUGUUUGAGUUUGGAACCAGGGAGGAACACAAUAACAACAACAACAACAACAACAACAACAACGUAUACAUAUAAAUUAAAACAAAGAGCAACAGAGCAACCAUGUCUCGCACCGAAGAGGUCAACAAGAUGACAGAGAACGUCUAUAAGGGCAUCCUGGACCAGUUCAAUCCCAGUUUGAAGAACUUUGUAACGAUGGGGAAACACUACGAAAAAGCCUUGAUGGGAGUGACAGUGGCUGCCAAGGGCUACUUUGAUGCCCUCGUGAAACUGGGAGAGCUGGCUAGCGACAGCCAGGGAUCCAAAGAACUGGGUGACACACUGUUUCAGAUGGCUGAGGUCCAUCGACAGAUUCAGGUCCAACUGGAAGAUGUGUUAAAGCUGUUUCAUUCUGAGCUGCUCGCCCAGUUGGAGCAGAAGUUGGAGUUGGACAUCAAAUACCUUACAGCGACAUUGAAGAAGUACCAGAGUGAACGCAGGUCUAAGACCGAGUCUAUUGAGCGAUGCCAGUCCCAGCUGAAGAAGCUACGCAGGAAGAGCCAGGCCACGCGUCACCCCAACAAAUACGGAGACAGAGAGAUGCAGUUUGUGGAGCUGAUGAGCCGACGCCAGUUGGAGCUGGACACUCUGGUUGCCGUGGGUUACAGGUCUGCGCUCACUGAGGAGAGAAGGAGAUACUGCUUCCUGGUGGACCGACAGAGUUCUGUCACCAAACUGCUCAUCAACUACCACUGCAAGGUCAGGGAACUUCUGUCCCAGAAGUUGUCGUCUUGGCAACAGUCCUGUUCCCAGCCUACCAAGCUUCCAGAACGGGCCCUGAACCUCCUGCGCCAUACCGCUCCACAGACCUCCGGGGCGGCAGGGAUAGCGGACACCCUGCGGCACACCAAGCUGGGCUCCUCCCAGCCCGACCAGAGGCUGUCUGUUCAGGAAGUCCCGCCUCUGUCAAAUGGAGACACCAAUCGAUCUCAGCAGCAGCAGCAGCGGGGCCUCCCCCCCCCCUCCUCCCAGAGUGACAGCCCUCAACCUCAGGGCUCCCCUCCACUGCCCCGCCCCCCGGCCGCCUGCGACGGGGCCUCCGGUGGUGAAUCCCUCGGAGCGUCCCCCCAGCACGCCAGCACGCCACUGGGCUUGCAGCCCGGCCCGCGCCCCGACGGCGGCAGCAGCAGCCAGGGCCCCUGCACGCGCACCAGCGCCGCAGGCGGCUCCUCCCAGCAGAGCCCUCUGCUCCUGGCCACCGGCACCUCCAACCUGUCCCCGUGCCUCAUCCCCUCCACGGUGCUGUCCCUCAGCCAGGCCCCCUCCGCCCUGAACGCCAUGCAGGCCAUGACCCUACCCAUCGCCCACAGCGCCCCCCACAGCCCCCCACUGCCCCACAGCGCGCCCCUCUCCCGGGCCAUGACCCCCAUCCAUCUGAUGCACCAACAGGCGGGGUCCGGAGGAGGCCAGGGUCCCCCGCUGAACCCCCUGCUGAUGAAGGCCGCUGAGAUGUACGCAACAUCCACCCUGCCGUUGCCUAGGAGACCUGUCAGUGAGAUUAGACUGGGUGGCUUUCAAGGCACCAGUUUGCCCAGAAUGCUUUCUGAACCAAUGCGUGUGGAAGCCAUGUUUGCGCACACGCCCGCAGGAUCUGAGGGCGGUGCGGCGGGCGGGGCCUGCUUGCUUCACUUCCUGCCCAACGAUAACAUUACCCUGCUCAUCUCUGAGCCGAGGGAUGGCUGGCAUUACGGCCAGAACGAAAGGACUGGACGAAAAGGCUGGUUUCCAUACUCCUACACCCAGCCCCAUGCCAACAACAUGGAUAACCACAGCAGCUCCCUCUUGCUCUCUAAGGCCAGCAGUGGCAGCGAUGGCCAACUCGACAAGCUGGUGUCGACGGGCCUGCCUGCCCUGACCCCCGAGUCAGAAGAAGAACGCUCCCUUCCUCCACAAAGGGUUAGCACCUUCCGCCCACGCCCGUACAGCAUGGCCGACAGCCACAAGGUCAGCCUGAGGGCCGGUGGCGCCACCCAGGGGAUGGGGGAGUGGAUAGGGCCCACCCCCCAGCCCUCUCAGUCCACGCUGAGGCAGGAGCUCUCUUCAGAUUUGGCCUCUCCUCCACCCUCCCCAACCAGGACAAAUCCGUUUGCUCACGUCAAACUCAGGAGGACGGUCACCAAUGACCGCUCGGCUCCCAUCAUUGAGUGAUAUGUGGGACACGGCAGUUUAUAAAAGAGAGGGUACAAACAUACAGAGUUCUAAUGGAACAGGUCUUCUGUCAAGCCAUUUUGAAGUAAAAUGUUUGUGAUUAUUUAAAAUUAUACUACUUUUAGAUUCUACAUAUAGAUUAAACAAGACGGAUGUCUUGUUUAUGUAUGAUACGUCUAUGCAUCAUAUGCCUGGAUAAAGGCAAGAAAAAUGUUUCAAAUUAAAAUGCUUAAAACAAGACUAAUACCAGAAAAUAAAUGAAGAAACGGUGUAUAUUCUGAUCGCUAAUCUGAUUAUAAUCUGAUUCCGUAACCAUGGUUACAGUAAAUAUAAUAAAUGUAUUAUAUUGACCCAAUAUGACAAAGUUGUAGAACCUAAGAUCAAAGAAACUUUUAUUCACUAUGGUGAACAUAGGUGUCUGGAAAAAUGGUUGCUUAUACCCGAAGUAAAAAAGCAGUUGGACAACUGUUCAAUACAACUUUUUCUGUGUUUUACUUAGUCUGUUAAUUAAAAAAAUGAAUAGUCAAAUGAUUAGGGGACAGGCUCCUAACAGCAAAAUCUAUAUUUUCUCCUUGACAAUGAAAUAUCACAGAAAGGACAGGUUCCUCAUUUAUUUUAUUUGUACUUUCCAAGUAGCUGCCAUUUUCUUCAUGGAUCAAUCUACGAAUAUGCAAUCCAUCCCAUCUUAAAGAUGCAAUCUAUCCUUUUUGCUUGAAAGUAAACAUUCUCAUUUGCAUUCACAAUUUAUAGUUAACACUGCAUUAUGUUUAUGUUGUGCCUUUUAAACAUGCCAUCAUAUAAAAUAGGCCUUAAUUGAAACUAAUUCCCUGAAGUGUAUUGCAUUGAUAAUGAGACCUCAGCAUAUCUGCUUUGUUCUGUCACACUAGUUGUACUAGUUGUAUUUGUCAAAGUAAAAGUCUUUAUAUAAUAUUUCAAUAAGCAAACUGAUGGAAUUCAAGAUUUUGUGAAGGUUAGGGAAAUGGAUUUAGAGGUUUAGUUGGUUUGAGUGAACUGUAAAUGGUUUUCACCUGAACUGUAAAGAGUACAAAGAGUGAUUGUUGUUGGAUAGUUUCUUAAGAAUGGGCUACGGAGGUGAAGGUUUAAGGAAGAGGUUAGGUCAUAUGUGGCAGAAUUUCCAACACUUAAGUAAUUGGGUCUUGUUUGUUCUUGAUUCAUCUUAUGUCCAAAUGAAAAUCUACAAAACAUCUAGAUGGACAGCUUAAUGUUUACCUGUCAGAACAUUUUAGAGAAAUGCCAAAGCCAAGAAUUAUGAAAAGGAUUGUUUUCAUAUCGAAAUGUAACUUUGAAAGUUGAUGUAGGAAGUAUAUGGAAAGUGGAUCAGCGUCAGUGCAAGGGUUAGGGGUUACAAUGGAUAUAUUUUAGUAUGAUUGUGCUCACAUGGAUUUUAUCAGAUUUGUAAAUUAGGAUGGUUUAUGUUCCUUUUGAUUACUGUAUAUUGUGUGUAUAUAAUGAAUGCUGUCGCAUUUAACACCGAUCACCAUGGCUUACAUAUAUCAAACAAGAAUUUCAAAAUAUAUAAUUGUGCCUGGUUAGAAUUUUUCCUUAAUGCUGCUAAAGGAAUGAUUUUUCAAUCACCACCUUUGGGUCAAGUCAAAUGUUGAUUUAUUAGUAAAGAAAAAUUGUAUUCCUGUUUGCCUGUUUAGAAAUCGCUGAGGUUUUUUAUAUAUUAGACGUUUGAAAUGAAAUGAAGGCUACGGCAAUACAUUCUACCACCACCAACUGACCAGUUUUGUACUUCAUGUUCUUUAAAUUCAUCAAAUGUAUUUUUUCAAGUUCCCUAUUGAACCUACGGUAUGUGAGAUAUUAAUUGUAAAUUGCAGUAGCUCGCAUACUGGGACAUACAGGUAAUUUAAAAUCAUAGAUGGCAUUGCAUGACCUGGAAAUCUAAAAAAGGAUUUUAAGGAGGAUCAACAGAUCGGCAUUUAAUAACAAGACCAUUCGUCUCCUCAUACAUUUCAGAGAUGCUGGACUAGCAAAGUCUAUUUUUCCAUGCUAAAUAUAAUUGUCAAGUAUAUAAGAAUGUAUUCCUUCCAACAAACAUAUUUCACAGACUUAAUAAGCUUCCAUAAACAUCCUUAAUACAAAUUUCUAAUUAUUUUCAGUCAGUUGGUUUGUUUAUGAGCGCUAAGCCAAUUCCAUUUAUCCAACUAAGCUCGUUCAGUGGCUUGCUAACAUUAGUCCUGUUUUGUGUUUGUAGCUUAGCCACUAAUCAGCUAAUUUAUAGAGGCAAGCAGUGCCUAUGCUUGCUUCUAUAAAGCAGGCAGAGGCAUUCUACCAAGUUAAUAUAUGUGCAGCUUUGGUACAUCGGCCUACUAAUGGGUGAAUAUAUUGCUCAAAGUAAAAUGAUUUCUUGAUUUCGAAAAUAAUGAUAUUAAAUUCCAAUGGAGUAGCCAUUCAAUGUCAUAAUUGUUCAGUUACCUACCCAGUGCACAACAACAACUUUAAGAACUUGGAUGACCAUGUUUCUUGAUCUUUUCCUCCAAAGGCUGUCAUUUCAGAGCCCUGCAGGCCUGCACUAGGGUUUAUCCGCACAAAGUAGAAAACAAACAUGACUUUGUUCACCCUUUACAGUGGAAACCUUCUUUACGUUGAAUAUGUUACACAAUUCAAAUAUUGAAAAAUGGAAUAAAAAAACUAAAAAAAAAAGUA